AUGAGUAACAGACUUUGGGAGUGUUUCAUUCAAGAUGAUGUCGAGCGGUUCCAGCGGUUUCUGGCGAACGCGACGUUCGCGGGGCCGCGAGCUGCAGGAGGCUCCGGGGGUCCCUCUGGAGCUGCGACAAACCCAUCAUCAAAGGCUGGAAGCCCCGGGUCCAUGAUCGCCUCGUCUCCGAAUCCACCGAGAAGUAAGAAGAAUCUUGAGUCAUCACUUGGGGCCUCUGUGCCUGACCGGGUGGCCUUCUCGCGCGGGAGCGCGACUUUGUCGCGCGCCGAUGUUAAUGCCCGCGAUCAUUACGGCCGCACACUGCUGCAUCAUGUCGCUUCGUCCACGAAACCUACGGCCUCAAAAUUCGCACGCGCUUUAUUGGAUGUUCCGCUCGUCGAUAUCUAUGCGCAGGAUUGGGAGAGUGGAUGGACCGCUUUGCACCGGGCUCUUUACGCCGGGAACGCCACAAUUGCUCUGGCGCUCAUGGUGCGUGACGUGCAGGACAUGACGAACUUCAGUAAAGGUGGAAAUACGAGCCAUCCGAGUGGUGGUCUGAUCAAGAUCAAAGACCGUGAGGGUUGCAGUCCCUUUGACGUCUUCGGGGCGACCAUUAGAGCCCGGGACAUCAAGCAUCUCUCUGAAGACUGGCCGACCUCAGGUCUUGAUGACGAUGCCCUGGGAAGCGAUGCUGCUUCCAAUGCUGCUGCUUCGAACUUUGGAGAUGACGGAGAAGACGGGUUAUACGCUCCUAGGACUGCCCUGAAAGGGGCUGUGAAUAUUUCCGCCGAUGAAAUCUUUACAUUAGGAAGCAACAAAAAUCUGAACCUUGGUCUAGGAGACCAGGAUGACAGACAAUUUCCUGAGCGCAUUACGUUGAAGCGGCCCGAGCAUCUUUUGCAUCGAUUUUACCGUGAAUACCAAGAGAAAUUGGAACAUCUAGGGCUUGAGGGUAGCGUUCCCAAGAGCCAAUCCACCGGGCUGCCUACUCUGAUCACAAACAAACCAAUGAGGUUCCAAGACAUUAUCAUGUCAAAGCUACAUACCGCUAUCAUCACUGAUGACCCUGAGGCUAAUCUGUUCAUGUGUGGAUUUGGACCUGGAGGGCGCUUAGGAACAGGAGAUGAGUCGACGCGUUUCACCUUUGCUUGUAUUGAAACGGGUGGACUAGAGGGCAAGAAAGUCGUAUCGGCUGCUCUGGGUCAAGAUCAUAGCCUGGCAAUCACAGAGCAGGGCGAGAUUUUCAGCUGGGGAAGCAACAAGUUCGGACAACUUGGCUAUGGCUUGCCGAGAACUAGCAACAAAAACGAUAUACCCAUACAGACGACUCCUCGUCAGAUCUUCAACCCGUUCAAGAAAGAAACAAUCAUAGGCGCAGCAGCUUCGUCUAUCCACUCGGUGGUCUUCAGUACCUCAGGCCUCUAUACGUUUGGCAAGAACGAAGGUCAACUUGGCUUGGUUGACUCCGAUGCUCGUUCGCUUGAGGUACAGACGACACCACGGCGCGUUGGAGCAUCCCUUUUCAAUUGUCCAAUCAAGAUGGUGGCCGCCAUCGACCGUGCUACGUCUGUGCUUCUGCAGAACCACGAAGUCUGGGUAUUCUCGUCAUAUGGUUAUUCAAAGCUUUCAUUCCCACUGGAGGUGAGCUCAAGAUUUAUCAGGGAUAGUUUCAUGGUAACCCGAUACGACAAGACUGCAAAUCGUGUCGUCAAGAUUGUAUGUGGAGGCAACACUAUAUGUGCAUUAUCCAGCUCAGGUGAUGUGUUCACUGUUCAAGCCAACAAGUCCGAUAACUCUUCGGCUUCAACGUCCACAACCAAUCCUGUAAAAAUUCGGAAUUCGUUAGCCACUCCUGUUCGAGCAUGGUCCGUUAAGAAAUCGUACAUGGCAGCAAGCGAUGUUGAUGUUGGGCAAGACGGUUCGAUCAUCAUUUGUACAACAUCUGGAUCUGCGUGGAGAAAAGAACGACGGACCAAGAAUAAGGAGGGAGCCUCGAAAGAUUACAAGUUUGCCCGCAUACCCGGUCUCUCACGGGCAGUGGCAGUGCGAAGCAACGCCUUCGGGGCAUACGCUGUCGCUCAACGUGAUUGUGAAGUGACAAGAGAACAAAUUCAUGUCGAGCAAAGCAGACUUUGGGAUGAUAUGUUGCCGUUGUCCCCAUUUACAAUGCCAGGUCUGGAAGAGUUAGACUCUAUCCUCGAUGAUGACGCUCAGAAUAUUCCCCUUAUACUUUCCUCCGGAAAAAGUAUACAAAGAGCCAUACUUUCAUCCUCAGAUAUUGAAAGCCAAUUUCUUUCUGUACGGACCGAGGGGACUGUUUGGGUAACUAGCUCCCUAUCUGACUCUUGUAUUCCCGUGCACGAGUUUCUUAUAGCUGGCCGCAGUCAAAUCUUGGGAAAGGCAUUGGCCGAAUUCCGGCAAUCAUACUAUUCAUCCGUCCCAGAUGUAUUUGAUAUUGAAUACGGGAAGGACGGACAUCCUCAGAUCUGCCUCCAAGGUGUUGAUUUCUUGACCGUUAUGAAUGUGGUCUUUUUCCUUUACACAGACGGCACUCUCGAUGUUUGGCGCCUAGCAAGGAGCUCGUCCGCAAACUCGGCCCGUUUCCGGCAAGUUCGCACCGAAGUCAUGCGGGUUUCAACGCAACUAGGCCUGUCAGCGCUGGAGCGGGCAGCACGUCUAAUGGUCGAGCCACAAAGAAGCCUGAAAAUGGAUAUGGCUCAUGCCAUCAACGACCCAUUCUUAUUUAACAGCGCAGAUGUGAUUGUGCAGCUGAAAGGCGAUACAAUUAAAGUGCACAGCCAAGUUGUGUGUCAGAGAUGUCCAUUCUUUGACACCCUUUUCCAUGGUUAUGCGGGUGGAAGGUGGCUUGAUUCACGCAAAGCAGACCCAAAUCAGAGUGUGCAUGUCGAUUUGAAGCACAUUGAUCGCUCUACAUUUGAAUUCGUCAUGCGUUACCUGUAUGCCGAUACAGAGGAACGGCUGUUUGAUGAAGUCCGAACCAAUGAUCUUGAUGACUUCGUUGACUUGCUGCUGGAUGUAAUGUUCGUGGCAAAUGAGUUGAUGAUCGACCGACUAUCUCAAGUGUGUCAGAAGAUGCUCGGUCGUUUUGUCACAACGCGCAAUGUGUGCUAUCUGCUCAAUUCCAUCGCCCCCUGCUGUGUCACAGAGUUCAAGGAUGCCGCCCUGGAAUAUAUUUGUCUCAAUCUCGAGGCCAUGCUCGCUAAUAGAUAUCUUGAAGAUUUGGAUACUACCCUCCUUCGGGAGUUGGAUCUGAUCUGCCGCGAGAAUCAGUUAGCAUGCUGGCCCAUAUCCCGUGGGCGCAAUUCUGAGGAGUACGUCUUCGAGAAAUAUCCCGAGAUUGUCAGCUCUGUGGAAGCAGAUAAGCAACGAAGGAUUGAUGCCAUGGCUUUGCAGUCCCGCCUUGGUCGUCUCGAAACUUACGAUGCACGAGCCCGGCAAGCGCCUAACGAGAAGGUUACUUCAUCUCCUUCUUUGCGCAAAGCAAAGACCAGUGUAUCUGGAGAGUCACCAAAUGUUGGUGGUAGCCCAAUGCUGAAGCCGAGGCAGUCGGCUGGGGAUCUCAUGUUUCAAAUGGACGAUGAAGCGCCUAUGUCUCCUAGUGCUUCGAAGGGCAAGGGUGCUAUGCGUGGACUUCAAUUCACUGAAGGCAUACCUGAAAACCGAUCAUACUCUGAUUUCCCAGCUAUGGGGGCAGGCGUCCCAGAUGUCGAGUCCUUGAACGAUCUCAGUUUCUUGAAGAAUCAGAUGUCUUCCCCGCAAGACCCACUACUAGCACAGUCCCCGUCUGAAUACAGGGCAGUCGUCCAGAAUCGGAAACAAGCCAUGGCAUCAUCAUCUAGUCCCUCUUCUGGACCAUGGACUUCACCAAAGAUUUCGAGCUCCAAAAAGGAUAUCAAAGACAUCAUAGGAGAAGCAUCACAGUCCCGGGUAUCAAAUCUCACGCUGGGAAUGGCAGAUCGACGCGAAAGUAGCGGUAGCUUCGUACCCAAAAUCUCCCAGAAGGAAAGAAAGAGACUUCAGCAACAACAGAUACAAGAACAGCUGGCUGCCCAACAGAAAGCGAAGGAUAAACCACAGAACCCCUGGCAAAAGCCAGCACCUUCUCCAGCGUCGCUUCCUCAGCCCGAUCCUUUGCCAGGCCAAAGCGUUCCAACUCCUGAAGCGGGUAAAUCACCUCAAAGGUCCAUGACUAUGCGGCAGACUGUGGCUGGCACCCCGCCGCCAAAGUCAAAGCCAGUGGCUACACCUAUGCAAACACCACGCCGCAGUGUGUCAAGUAACCCACGACCCUCAUCCCAUUCGAAACCGUCCAUGCCAGGACCUUCGACAGCAACCCAUAACAAUCAAACGACGUCACCACAGCCAGCCAUUCAAUCAAUUCGUCACAUCCCACGCCCUGAUCCAAUAGAGUCACAUUCUCUCUCUGGCUCGUACUCUCUGUCGACCAUUUUGCUCCAACAACAGACCGAAAAGGAGGCGAUUCGUGAAGCAGCCACAGCCAAGCAUAAAAUGCAAGAGAUCCAAGCCGAGCAGGAGUUCCAGCAGUGGUGGGAUCAGGAAAGCAAACGUGUCCAAGGACUCGUAGACCCUGAGCCAAAUGAACCGAGCUCUGGAAAAGGUGGACGAGGCGGCAAGGCACCUGGCGCUGGCGGUGGCCAGCGGAGGCGUCGAGGCAACAGGAAUCCCGGUGAUGGAUCUACUCCCCAAGAUCACAGACGGGUCUCGGCUCCAAGCUCCGGGCAUACAACCCCCAAGACGAACCCGAAUGGCCAGACCCCAGCCCAGUCUCAAAAACACCUGAAUAAGAAUCGGGCUGGAGGUGUUGCUGGCAAUGCCAAUGGUCGUCGUGGAGGUGGCAAUCAACGCGGAAGGGGCAAGAGCGAUGCAUAA